AUCAACUCAAAAUACAAACAAAAGAAAGAAAAAUGGUGAUGAUGAAGGCCACAUGGGUUUCCGUUUUUGCCCUCGCGGCGGUCCUCUUAUUGGUCCUACUUCCCGCGGCUGAAGCCGUGACAUGCUCGCCAAUGCAACUAAGCCCAUGUGCAGCGGCGAUAACGUCGUCUUCUCCACCAUCGGCGUUGUGCUGUGCUAGGCUCAAAGAGCAGAAGCCAUGCCUAUGUGGUUACAUGAGAAACCCUAGCCUCCGUCGCUUCGUAAGCACUCCCAACGCUCGUAAAGUCUCUAACCAUUGCAGACUCGCCAUCCCAAGGUGUUGAAUAAUCAAAGAACCGUUUGAUGUUUAUGG